AUGAAGUUUAUUCAAUUAGCCCUUGGGUUAUUAACUUCAUUAUCAAUUGUUAAAGCAUUAGAUUAUAAUUUCAAAAUUUUAGUAACAGAUUAUGAAAAUUAUGGAUUUUCAUUUUAUUUAAAUUCAAAUUCUCAAUUAACUUCAACUGAUUCAAAUUCAAGAUUCAAAUUUACAGAAGAUUUAAUUUUAUCAUUAAAUGAUGAUUCAAAUAAAGUUAUUUCUGAUACUAUUGAAAAUUCCAUAUUAAAUAUUAUUGAAACAAAUGAUUCAUCAGAAUUAUCAAAUUGGAUUAUAUUAGAAAAUGAUUUAUUAAGUUUUUCAAAAGAUUUAUAUAUAUGUGGUAAUUCAGAACCUUAUUAUUUUGAUACUAUUAAAAAUGAUAAUUGUUAUGAUUUUAGUGGAACUAUAGCUCGUGUUGAUUUAAAAUUAAAUGAAGAAGAAAUUAUUACUGAAUCAAUUGUUUCAGAAGUUCCAGUUGUACCAAUUACUUUUUCAGAAAUUCCUACCGAACCAGUAACUUCAGAAAUUCCAAUUGAACCAAUUACUUCAGAAAUUCCUACCGAACCAGUAACUUCAGAAAUUCCUACCGAACCAGUAACUUCAGAAAAUCCAAUUCAACCAAUAACUCCUUCAGAUUUCAUAAGCCCUACAGUUCCAGCUAGUCCAUCAGAUGUAACCACAUCAUCUGACUCAGGGCCACUUAGUCCAACAGAAUCUGAUACAGAAUUCAUAAUUCCAACUGAUUUAGUUGAUCCAUCAGAACCAUUUUUAAUUAAUGUCGUAAUUAGCAAUGAAGUACAAUUAACUUAUAAAUCAAAUGGAUCUCAUAUAAUAUUUGGAGAAAAUGCAGAUGGAGUUGAUGCAGUUUUUACUAUUGAUUCUGGAUAUUUAACUGUAAAUGGUCAAUAUAUUGUUAUUGCUCCUAAUUUAGAAUUUAGGAUAAUAGGAAGUAUUACAAAUGCAACUUAUGGAUUCAGUUUGAUUGAUAAUGUAUUAUAUCACGAUAACGCUUAUCUUCCAUCUGGUACUCCACUUUUUAAACGUUCCGAACCAGUUAAAAGGGAAGUUGUUCCAGCUGAACUUAGAGGUUGUCUUGAUAAUUCAGGGAAUCGUUUUGUUAGUAUCGGUAAUCAAGGUUGUGACUUAUUUGAAGUUUAUUAUUCUCAACUUUCAAUUGAACCAAUCAUUACAGAAAGUCCAGUUGUACCAAUUUUUUCAGAAACUAUUGUUGAACCAAUCUCAACGGAAACUUUUAUCGAGUCAAUUACUUCAUCUCAAGAAUCUAUAGAAUCAGAAGAACCAAUUCAAACAGAAGAACCAAUUGAACCAGAAGAGUCAAUUACAACAGGAGAACCAACAGUAUCAGAAACAUCAUUAAAUCCAGAAGAUACAGCAGAUUCAGGAGAACCAAUCAAUACCGAGAUUAUUUCAGUUGAAACAGAAAUUCCAACUACUUCGAUAGAUCCAACAAAGCCAUUUGCACUUUAUUUUAUAUUUGAUGGUGAAUCUCAUCGUGUUCAAACUAAUUCUUCUCAUCUUACUGUCUUAAACUUAAUUAAUGGAGUCGACGCUGAAUUUACUAUUGAAGAUGGUUACUUGAGUGCUAAUGAUCAAUAUGUGGCUAUUGCCGAAGCAGGUUUAUUAAAAACAUUCAAUGAUAUAUUUGAUGGUACUUUUGGAUGGACUAUAAUUGAUAAUAUUAUUUAUCAUGAUGAUUCUUACAUUCCAUCAAUUGUUAAACGUUCUAAUUUUGGUAAACGUGAACUUGUUCCAGUUACUUUCUCAAUUUGUGAAGCAGAAUCAGGUUAUGUUGUAUAUUUAGGUGAAAAUUAUCGUUGUAUUACUGUUGAAUAUUUACUUGAACAAUUAUCAAUUGAUCCAGUUGUUACAUCCCAACUAACUGAAGAAUCAAUUAUAUCCACUGAAACUAUUUCACCUGAGGAACCUAUUGAAACUAUUAUUAACACUGCUGAAGCUACUGGAACUGAAGCUAUAGAACCAAUUGAAACAAGUGUUGGUAUUUUAUCUACUGCUACUCAAACUAGUGAAGUAUUGGUUACAAUUACUAGUUGUAACGAAGCUAAUGUAUGUACUGAAGUUAUUGAAACAUCAUCAAUUGAAGCAUCUGCAAUUAUUACUGAUGAACCAAUUUCAUAUGUUACUCAAACCAGUGAAGUUUUAGUUACAAUUACUAGUUGUGAUGGUAAAAGUGUAUGUACUGAAAUAAUCGAAACUUCUACUUCAGAAUUAAUUGUUCCAACAUCAAUUGAAAAUGAAUUAACUACUUAUACUGAUGAAACUACAAUAACACUUACUAUAUGUGAUGCUGCUCAAUGUACUGAAUCUAUUAAAAUUCAAAAAACUAUUAUAACUACUUAUUGUCCAUUAUCAUAUACUACUGAAACUAUUGUUAUACCAUGUACUACUGAUGUUACUUAUACUUAUAAUGAAUGUUCAAAUGAAACUGAUUGUGAUGAUUAUACUACUGAAAUUGAAACUACAACAUAUACGACUAUAACAAUUACUAGUUAUUUAGUUGUUACUGAAGAAGGAUCAAGUACAGAUUCAACUUCAAUUGCUGGAGUUUCAAGUGAUGUUACAAAUGAUGUUCCUGAAGCUAUUCAAACAUCUCAAGAUUCUCCUAAAUUAGAUUCAACUUCUCAAGUUGGUACUCCAAUUGGUAUUGAUAUUUCACAAGUUACAAUUCCAUCUGAUUUGAUUAAUUCUGGUGUUAUGAAUAAAGUUGGAUAUAAUUUAAUAAUUUCAUUUUUGGCUAUUAUGUUACCAAUUAUUUUUUAG